UUAAUUCUCUUUGGUCUCUGUCUUUCAGGAUCUAUGUUAUGGUCUGCAGUUCGAAGCCACAGUUCCCAGAGUAGUUCACAACAGCAAGGACUUGUUGCCAAAACGUCAUUGUCUUCGCCUCCAUGGCCUGUGUUCAAACUGCCAGAUCCAGUAGAAGAGACAAAGUACCAUACAGAGGUCGUACAAAGGGUGAACGAAAUGAUUGCCACUGGGCAGUAUGGAAGGCUCUUUGCUGUGAUUCAUUUGGCCAGCAAGCAGUGGAAGGUCACCAGUGAAGACUUGAUUCUAAUGGAAAACGUUCUCCCGGCUGAAUGUGGAGACAGAAUCCGACUUGAAAAGGUUUUGCUGGUUGGUGCUGAUGACUUCACGCUAAUUGGAAAGCCACUUCUGGGGAAAGAUCUUGUCCGUGUAGAAGCCACAGUUAUUGAGAAGACAGAAUCUUGGCCAAAAAUUAACAUGAAGUUUUGGAAGAGGCACAAUUAUCGAAAGAAAAAAGUUGUCGUGCAGCCACAGACGGUUCUCCGGAUAAACUCCAUAGAAAUUUUCCCUUGUUUGUCAUGAUCAGCUGUUGGUCUAAUUGUGGCUAGGUUUAUUUUUACUGCUUUAGGCAGCUAUGGAAGUAAAACCUCUUGUGAUUGGAAAGUCCUGAGCUUAUCCUGUUAUAGUCUGUAAUGGAAACCUAUUUGUACUUUCCUUUAAAACAAAUGAAAUCUUUUUUGUUAAAGUAUUAUUUUAGCCUGGACAGUGUGUGUUUGUAACAAAUUUCUUUUGAAAUUCAGGCUCCAUUGAUGAUUGACCAGAUGUUUAAUUCCAAUACAGUCUCUGCUGAACUCUCACACGAGAUACCACAUUACUGGAAAUGGAAAUCAAGCCCUUAUUUCAACCUCUAAAAUGGGGAUGAUCCAAUGGUUGAAAAAGAGAAAAGCCUAUGUAACCCCAGCCUUGCUGCUUUCCUUGGGUUCUGGUUAUAUGGCAUGUCAGUAACCCCACUGAUUUGAAAGGGAUUGCUAUUGUACUUGGGUAUCCACACAAUCAAGUAUUUUGUUGGAUUGGGAUGCUAAGGCAUGAACGUAAGCGAAUACUACAAUAGGGAUAGUAGACAUUCAACAGAUAGGUGUAGUGCAUGGUCCCCCUGACAGUCCUUGCGGCUGUUCCAUGCAAUAGAAAUCCCAUGCCAGUUUAACAUAUAAUGGUUCCUUCGGUUCUGUAGCCUCAGGGACUAUCAAUACACGGUACAUAACAAACCUGGGACAGAAGAGAGAGAUGACUGGUGACUAGAAGCCUCUGUGCGAGUUUGCAGAUGGUUACCAAACA